AUGGAGGAUUUGCACCACGCAAAGUGCUUCUUGGAGAUCAACGGGUUCCCCAAGGUGUUGGGGUGCAUUGAUGGGACACACAUCGCCCUGAAAAUCGCGAAAAAGGAGCAGCACCUCUACCGCAACCGGAAGGGCUACGACUCGCUGAAUGUGCAAGCCAUCUGCAACGCCAGCAAUGAAAUCACACAGCUCACAGUGAAGUGGCCAGGAAGCACGCACGACAGCUUCAUGUGGAGAAACUGUGACCUGGCUGACAAGUUCGAGGCGGGCAACAUGCCCGACGGGUGGUUGCUUGGGGACGCAGGUUACCCCCUCCAGCCGUGGCUCAUGACUCCCUUCCGUAAGCCGCGGAAGAAGGAGGAAGAGAACUACAACGAGUGCCUCACGAAGACCAGACAGGUCAUCGAGAGGACUUUCGGAAUCCUCAAGUCACGCUUCAGAUGCCUGGACAGGUCCGGAGGGGUCCUCCAGUACACCCCUAGUGUGUGCUGCCGCAUAAUUGUGGCCUGUGCAGUCCUGCACAAUUACUGCAUCCGCCACCAUGUUUCCCUCGAUGAACCACCCGGUAAGGCUUUGUGCAUUGGAGCACUAGGAAUGCCACAUUAA